AUGCAAAUUGCAGCAGGUGGAGUAACUCCCGAUGGCAUUUCCUAUACAUACAAUGCCAAUGAUUGUAGUGUAGGUGAUCUCGAUGGGGAUGGAGAAUAUGAGAUCGUACUCAAAUGGAAUCCGUCAAAUUCUCAUGAUAAUGCACAUACUGGAUAUACAGGUAAUAUUUAUUUGGAUGCCUACAAAUUGAAUGGUACACAUUUAUGGAGAAUUGAUUUUGGAAAAAAUAUCCGUGCUGGUACACAUUAUACCCAGUUCAUAGUCUAUGAUCUAGAUGGACAUGGAAAAGCUGAAGUAGCGUGCAACAUUGCUGAUGGAACCAGAGAUGGUACGAAUGUUGUAAUUGGCAAUCCAAAUACAGACUAUAGGAACUCUCAAGGUUAUAUUCUCACUGGUCCUGAAUUUUUAACUGUAUUUAAUGGACGAUCGAGUAAAGCAAUGGCGACAGUUAAUUUUGUACCUGAUCGUGGUACUGUAGCUUCAUGGGGUGAUAAUUAUGCACAUCGUAUUGAUCGCUUCAUUGCAGCUGUUGCCUAUGUGGAUGGUAGAAAACCAAGUUUAAUUAUGGGACGAGGAUAUUACACUCGAUUAGUGCAAACAGCUUGGGACUGGAGAAAUGAAAACCUGACGCGUCGCUGGACAUUUGAUAGUUUAUCAUCAACACCCGGAAAUAGCAAAUAUUUCGGUCAAGGAAAUCAUCAAAUGUCAAUUGCGGAUGUAGAUGGAGAUGGAAAAGAUGAAAUUUGCAAUGGUGCAAGUGCUAUAUAUGAUAAUGGCAGGGGAUUAUAUACCAAUGGUAAGGGACAUGGUGAUGCUCUCCACAUGACAGAUAUAGAUUCUGAUAGGCCAGGACAAGAAGUCUGGCAAUGUUACGAGGAUGUAACAUCUUAUGAACAAAAUGGCUUAGCCUUACAUGAUGGUAAAACUGGUGGGUUUCUUUGUGACAUUCCAACAACUGGUGAUAUAGGCAGGGCUAUGGCCGCCGACAUAGAUCCUCGUCAUAAGGGUCUAGAAGUAUGGGGAGCAUCCGGUGGAUUACAUAAUUGUAAAGGUAUUGAAAUUGCACCAAAUCCAUCUUCUAUGAAUUUCGGUAUAUGGUGGGAUGGUGAUCUAUCAAGGGAACUUUUGGACGGAACAAAAUUAGAUAAGUGGGAUUAUUCUCGAAAUGCAUCGACUCGAUUAUUUACUUUCUAUCAACAUGCCGGUGCUACUGACAGCAACGGAAGUAAAGCAAAUCCUGGAUUGGUAGCAGAUCUGCUCGGUGAUUGGCGCGAAUAA